UUUGGUUGUGUUAAACUUCCCCUAAACUUUGUUGUGGUCGUCAUUCGUCAGCUGACACAUUACUGUACUGACUUUUGACUUGUGUUAAAACUUUACAAUGCAUGGCAGACUGAAAAUUAAGACUACUGCUGAGCAAGCAGCAGAGAAACAAAAAGAAAGAGAAGAGAAGAAAAAACUUUAUCUUGGAGGUUUAACAAAAGCUUUUGAAAAGCGGUCUUCUAGAUCAUACGAUGAGGAAGGCUUGAAGUUAACAGCUCAGCUCCUAACUGCAAAUCCUGAUGCAGCAACACUUUGGAACUUCAGAAGGGAAAUAUUGUUAAAUAUGAAAUGUGAUGAUGAUGAUGAAGCUUGGACAAAGCUACUCAAUGGAGAACUUAUGAUGGUUGAAAGCUGCCUCAUGAAAAACCCUAAAAGUUAUGGAGCUUGGCAUCACAGGUGCUGGAUUAUGCAAAAGUUUCCAUCACCCCCAUGGAAUGAUGAACUGGAGUUAUGUAAUCGAUACUUGAAGCUAGAUGAAAGGAACUUUCAUUGCUGGGAUUAUCGAAGGUUUAUUACAACUGGGAGCCACCAACAACCAGAAGAUGAACUCAAAAUAUCUAAGCAGCUCAUUGAACGCAAUUUGAGUAACUAUUCAGCAUGGCAUUAUAGGUCAAAGCUUUUGCCUGUAGUUUAUCCUCCAUCAGCUAGCACUCCACAUCCAAUACCUGUUGAUAUUCUCAUCAAGGAAUUAAAAACUGUUGUUGAAGCGGUAUUCACAGACCCCUCUGAUCAGAGUCCAUGGUUUUUUCUUAGGUGGCUUAUUAACCGACAAGAGAAGUAUCCAAGGUUGAUGCAAGUAGGAUAUGAUAAUGAUGAUGAUGGUGGUUCCCUCAUAUGUGUAUUUUCCCAACCACUGUCUUUGAAGGAAACUCCACUCUUGUCCAUUAAUGGUGAAGAGAGGCCCAAUAUUGACUGGUUUGCCCCUAAUGGGGAAACUUUCUCUUAUGUGUGGGUUACAAAGUUUAAUCUCCCAUCAUCAGAGGACAGUAGCAUCACAUUGUCAAGGAGUGGAUUAGAGGAGAAAACAGUUACAGUACCUGCUGGUUCAACACGUUUUGUUGAGUGGAUGACUGAGUUAGGAGUGUGUGGGGAAGAGUUGUCAGAUCUUACCCGAUCUACUCUAGAGGAAGUGAAAGAAAACUGCGUUACUCUAGAUGAAUUGGAUCCUGAUAAUAAAUGGGUGCUGUUAACAUUGGUGGACAUCUUGUGGGCUUUAGAUGCAAGAAAUUACCAAGAUAAAAUCAGGAGUUAUCUAUCACAGCUUGAAGCACUAGAUUCUCUUCGUGCAAAUUACUACACUGAUAUGAAAAGCAAGUUAGCUAUGGAAACUUCUCUUACAAAGCACCGUAUGAAGGCAGAAGGAGAUAGCACAUUCAAACUAAAUGGGAGCAACCUCACAAUGAUUCCCUUUUCUCAUCUUCUCGCAUGUUCUGUCAGCGUUGACCUGAGUCACAAUGAAAUCACAUCAUUAAACCCCCUUAAAAAUUUGGUGACUUGCAGGGAACUAGUUUUAGAUAGCAACAAAAUUAGUGACCUUAGUCCUCUUAGUGGAAUAACUUCUCUCUGUAAGUUAUCCAUAGCUAAUAAUGAAAUAGCUUCAUUUGACCAAAUUAUGUGUUUAAAGAAUUUAUGCAAAUUAGAAGUAUUAGAUGUAAGUUCUAAUCCUAUCUGUGAUGAUGUAGAUAUUGAAAGCAAGAUUAAGGAACUAUUGCCCGUUGCCAAGUCUAUUAAAGUUACAUGUACCUAAAAUCUGAUGUCUGCCUCUGUUGCAUCAGUUGCCAUAGUAUUUUAUAUUAAAUGAAUGAUUGCAAGAAACCUUGAUAAUUUGGCUUUUAAUACUAAAGCACUUAGUACAAAAAGUCAUGUUUUAUGUGUGAUAUGAGUCAUGUCCUCAGUGAGGCAAUCCUCACCACAUUAGGGAGAAACCAUUUAAUUCUCUCUCUCUCUCUCUCUCUCUCUCUCUCUCUCUCUCUCUCUCUCUCUCUCUCUCUCUCUCUCUCUCUCUCUCU